AUGGCUCCCACUGCAGAAGGUGUGGACGAAAAGGCUCAGAAGAAUAUCAUCAUCUUCAAUUCCUCGAAAAGAGAACUAUUCAAUCUCAAUAAUGGAUUUAAAUCACUAAACAGAAAACUUCGGGCUUCAUGGAAGCUGUUGGCCAACAAGGAUGAGAUCGUUGAAGAAAGACUGUCACAAGCUCGAGUGUUCGUUUUGCCGGGACCCAGGGCUAAAUUCAUGGCAUCGGAAUUUGAUGCGAUGAAAAGAUACAUGGAGAAUGGUGGCAGUGUUUUGGUGAUGAUGGGGGAAGGGGGUGAAAGCCGCUUUGACACGAACAUUAAUUUUCUGUUGGAAGAAUAUGGCAUAAAUAUCAAUAACGACGCUGUUGUUCGAACAUCUUAUUUCAAAUACUUUCAUCCAAAAGAAGCUGUAUCAAAUGGUAUUCUGAACAGGUCAGUUUGUGAACUGGCUGGGAAAAGCAUUUCUCACCUAACUGAAGAUGAUACUAAUACAUCCCAAGGAUUAUCUUUUCUCUAUCCAUAUGGAGCCACUCUCAAUGUGAUCAAGCCAGCCGUGGCGACGAUGUCUACUGGGUCUGUGUCAUUCCCUCUGAACAGACCUGUGUGCGGGAUGUACUCCUCCAAGUAUGGCAAAGGGAAGCUGGCUGUCAUCGGAUCAACACACAUGUUCUCAGAUCAGUACUUGGAGAAGGAAGAAAACAGCAAAGUCAUGGAAAUGAUCUUGCGAUUUCUCACCACUGAUGACAUACAAUUGAACCAGAUAGAUGCAGAUGAUCCAGAAGUGUCUGACUACAACAUGCUGCCAGACAUCUCCAAGCUUGCGAGUGAAGUAAAGACCUGCCUGCAGGAAGGAGAGGACAUUCCAAGGGACAUAACCUCGCUUUUUGACAACUCCCUAUUUAAGUUAGACACUUCGAUGGUGCCUAAAGCUAUCGAAGCAUACGAGCAGACGAAUGUGAAGCACGAGUCGUUGACAUUAAUAACACCUUCAUUUGAGACCCCACUCCCGCCAAUGAACCCAGCUGUGUUUCCUCCUACUUUCCGAGAGCUCCCCGCCCCUUCUCUGGACCUAUUUGAUUUAGAUGAACAGUUUUCGUCUGAGAAGGCCAGACUUGCUCAGAUUACGAACAAAUGCACUGAUGAUGAUCUGGAGUAUUAUGUGCGAGAAUGCGGGGAUAUUUUAGGCGUGUCCACCACCCAACCACAGGCUGCAAGAGAUGCUAAGCACAUUCUGGAACAUGUUUUUGUGCAGGUGGUAGAGUUCAAAAAACUUAAUCAAUUCCAUGACAUGGACACUGGUCUUUAUGGGGAUGAAGAUGACAAUGUUGCAUACUGAGCUGUGUUUGACUGGAAAGAAUAUCUGCUGCUACUAAUUGACUAUCAAAGGCAAUUAUUAAUAUCAGUUUGAAACUUACUGAUAAUGGGCAUUAGUAUUAACUCUUAAUAUCUUUGUUCAGAUUAUUACCAUGUUGAACUUUAAAGGACAAGACAGCACCUGGCUAAACAUAUUUCAAUCGAAAACAGGAUACUCAAGCUUUCUAAAAAGUACAGUAUCAUGCUUUCUUAUUUUAAUGAAAUUUCACUGAAUAACAUCUAGAAAAAUAUGACAACACUACACAAAUGGCUGGUGGGAGUUGAGGCAGCCAUCUUUAGGAUUUUAUCCAAUCAAACACGUUGCCAUCAGACUGCCCCACCUAACCUGUGACAUAGCCUUUUCCCAUUCACAUAUAAUAACACAGAACUAUGGCAUAAGACAUCAUUUUGAGAUCGUUUACAACGAUUUAGUUACGUGUAGCCAAAGGACCAUUUCACACAGUGUUGAGGAGCAGGUCUGUAUCAGUUAUACAGACCAUUACAGAUGUAAAAUCAGUUGAUUUACAAGCCAUGUAAUAUUCAGCAGUGGUAUCACAAAUUAUGUCUGACAGUGCAAAAUUCAUUAGAAGUACCGAAGGUUUAUGGGAAUGAGAAGACGACAUCUUCAUCGGACAGUGCUUAAAAUUAAUGAAAAAUCUUAUACUGUUUUGUCUCAGAAUUUAGUACAACUGACAUGACAGAAGAAUUUAAAUUUCGCUUCUUCGUCUUUGUCGCAUACAAGGGAUGCUUUGUUCUGUAGUCAGCACUGCUUUCAUGUAAGAAGGCACCGCAACAAAGUUUAAGCAUAAAAUCCAACGACAGCUGAAUGCCUGGGUCAGCCUCCGUGGUACUUAGAUUUAUUUCCGUUUGUUUCAGAACUGAGCAUGAAUCUAGUUGUACAACAGUCCUAUUGUAAUUUUGUAAGCAUUUGAUUGGGGUCAAUAUCACCUGCGCAACCCCCUGGAGGCUACGACCUUGAUACUGGAGACGUUCUGAAGUGUCAAGACGAAGUUUCAUUAAACUUAAAAUUUUUAAAAUAAAAAAAAAUCUAAAGAAAUAUUUAAUGCUGGUUUAAGGUUCCUUUGAAUGGUAAUCUUUCAGUGGACAUAAACAUUAGUCAGGUAAAUCAUAAAUCUGAUUUUCUUUUCUUGUUAGGCUUCAAUAUUACGUACAGGAUGUCCAUUUAGGACCAGUGUUCCUUCGAUUAAGGAAAAUGACUGCAUUGGCCUAGCACCAAUGUAGAUAGGCCAAGGACAAGUGCUGACAUGCAUAGGACCAGUGUUGACAUGCCUAGGACCAGUUUUGACAGGCCAAGGACAAGUGUUGAUAUGCCUAGGACCAGUUUUGACAGGCCAAGGACAAGUGCCGACAUUCCUAAGACCAGUUUUGACAGGCCAAAGACAAGUGCUGACAUGCCUAGGACCAGUGUUGACAGGCUUAGGACCAGUGUUGACAUGCCCAGGACCAGUUUUGACAGGCCAAGGACAAGUGCUGACAUGCCUAGGACCAGUGUUGACAGGCCAGACAAGUGCUGACAGGCCAAGGACAAGUGCUGACGUGCAUAGGACCAGUGUUGACAUGCCUAGGACCAGGUUUGACAGGCCAAGGACAAGUACUGACAUGCCUGGGACCAGUGUUGACAGGCCAAGGACAAUUGCUGACAUGCCUAGAACCAGCGUAAUCUCAAGCUCUGCUUGUUAUGGGAUUUAAAAGAAAAGUGGUGGAAAAUCAGCUUGCAAUAUCCUGUAACAUUUUUGCCAUGGUUAAUUGUUUAUUUUGACUGUUACACUUCAAGUGUCGGUCACAUCUCUCUAUUAAUGGUACUCGUGCAGCAUAUUUCAACUUAAUAGAAUUGUUCUCUGUUCAACAUUAUUUAUUAUGUCAUAAAUAAAAGUGCAGAGUUUUGUUUGAAAAUAACCAUGCAUGGAUCUGUGUUAUUGCAUGAAAAUCAUUCCUUUUA